GGCAGUUUAGGUGGAGCAUGGCGGUACACGGGACUCCACCCGCCCGUCUGACACGGAAACGCCGCUUUCUCGCACGCGGAGGGCGACGGGACCGCGCUCGUUUGAUCCGAACUCGCCGCCCGACACGUGAGGCUCAUGUGACGGAGGCAGGUCAGUCCGCGCGCAGUCACAGGGUUUAUUUAACACGUAGCUCAGUCCACCCACUCCGCCACAUUUAACCAAAGCCGCAGUUCAGGGGCGACACUCACUCCGUUUGGAUCUCGGCUUGACAACAUCUCGCUUUGUCCUGCACUUCGACAGAAAUAUAUAUAUAUAUAUUAAUAAGAACGUGAUGAAUGCAGAAAGUGAAAUCCUCAGUGCAGGUUAUUUACCUUAUAUCUCAUAAACUGUGGGUAAAUGCCGACCGCGAUGUGCAUUUAAAGCAGACAAGCAAGCAAGAAGUACAUUUUGUGAAUUUUGAUUGAACAACUGAGAAGCAUUUUCUACCCGUUUCUUUAUCUGGAGAAAUAAAAGAAAGAAAAUGGAGAGGAUUACAAGUGCGCAGCCGCCUCCUUGUUUGGUAAAACACCCGUCGCUGGAGAUCCCUGACAUACAGGGGAUGGAUUUUCCAAUGUAUGUGUACAAAUCUCGAAGGGGGAUGAAACGUGGAGAGGAUAGUAAGGAAACUUACAAGCUGCCCCAUCGACUUAUUGAGAAGAAAAGGCGUGACAGAAUAAAUGAAUGCAUUGCCCAACUGAAGGAUUUAUUGCCAGAGCACCUUAAACUUACAACCCUGGGCCACUUGGAGAAAGCUGUGGUUUUGGAGCUGACGCUGAAGCAUGUGAAAGCUCUGACCGGCCUCCUGGAACAGCAGCAACAGAAGAUCAUCGCCCUGCAGAACGGCAUGCAAAUCGGUGAGCAGUCCUCUCCCAGCACAGUGAACAGCGAGGAGAUGUUUCGCUCUGGUUUCCACUUUUGUGCCAAGGAGAUCCUACAAUAUCUGGCCAAUCAGGAGGCUGGCAGGGAGGUGACAUCUUCCCACCUGAUCAGCCACCUGCAAAAGGUAGCGUCAGAGGUGCUGCAGAGUUCCCCCAGCCCCCACUCGGAAGAGCCCCCCCACAAGGGGGCGGAGCACAGGCAGAAGCCAGCUGGGAUGCAGCCAAAGGUCUCCGAGGGCCACGGGCAGAAUUGCGUGCCUGUCAUCCAGAGGACUAACCCACAGGGCAGCGGCGAGCAGAGCGGCAGCGACACAGAUACCGACAGUGGCUACGGGGGCGAACUGGAGAAAACGGACUCUAAGACAGAGCGGCCCGGCUAUUACACCAAGGACUGCCACCUCCAGUACACUCUGGCCGAACGGAUGGCGGGCACCAUUAAGCAGGAGAUGGAUGAGCCCCAAGCUAAGCGGCUGAGGGCAGAGUCCUCCGAGGACGAGUCCCUCUCAAGCGGGGAGGUGAUCAGCGUCCACAGCAGCUACAUGGGCUUCUCUCCCCACCAGCCCCCUCUCUGCAUGCCCUUCUACCUCAUCCCACCCUCUGCUGCCGCCUAUCUGCCCAUGCUGGAGAAGUGCUGGUACCCCGGGGCCAUGCCGGUCCUGUAUCCCGGGCUCAGUGGCUCCCCAGAGAAGCUACCGCAGUCGUUUGCGGUGUCUCCCCAGGUGGGGUCCCCCAUGACCCCGCAAUCUCCAAUGGACUCCCCCGCCCUGCUGCAAGCACUGAAGCAGGUGCCCCCGCUCAGUAUGGAAACCAAAGACUGAGGACUUCUCUGUAGCUUGUUCCUGAUGUGUGCUAAUGCUUUUGAAAGUGACAAGAUCUGUGGGUAAGGCUGUUGGGAGGAGACGAAGUUGAGUCUUCCUCCUCCUCUUCCUCCCCCGUAACUAAGAGCAGCCCUCCCCCCAGCCACUCUCCACUGACGAGCCUGCACCUUCUCGCCUGAUGCACACGGCAUCACAUUUCACUCAGCAGGACACGGCCCUCAUCUCCCGGACAAGGCAGGUAGAACAGAGGAGCGAACCAGCCGGACACUGCUAGGCAGAUCCACAGAGAGACUGUCCCAAUCCGAAUGCCGAGCUAUGAGCAGGAUCCUCCUCUCUUUUCGUUGAAUGUCAGCUAUAAGUCCUGAGUGAAAUAUGCCGGAUGCCCUAAAUCAUCAGGACGAGUCCUUUGCACACAUUUAUUACACGGAAUGUAAGACGAAAUCCCUGUACGUGCUGCUUUGGUGGUUUCCGCAACCCGUAGUCCUGGUCCCCCUUUCAGCUGUGCGCUGUGCGGCCGGCAAACUCGGGAUGGGCCGAGACCCCGUCCCCAACCGCGAUAGCCGUCACGCCCCCCCGGCGGUUUCCCUGGCAGCUGUAGAGGGCAUCCCCGAAUCUGGUGUGCGCCCCGUUCUCGCCCGGUCCUGUCGUGGGCACCGUGGCACUGGCUCUGGGAUCCAUGCACGCAGACGGGCAGUGAACCCCCGAGACACCAUUAUAGCCCCCCUCCUUGUAGCGACUUUGUUAAUACUUCUUGUAAAUCUCUAUUUUUGAUACGUGUCGUAAAAGUUCUGUAUUACUCACUAAGGGGUCUUAGACUGCCGUCUCUUGUGCGCCAACAGAGACAUGUACAUAAGCGCUAGGCGUCAGCUGCGUCGUUACCAGUUUUUGAUUUCUAGUCCAGUCAGGCCUGUUCUUUGUUCAUGCUGAUGCCUUUUACCCGUGAAAGCUGAUCAGUCAGUCGACGUCAGUCCUUUAUUAAAUGUAUUUGUAUAAAUACUGGAGUCAAAAGUUGAGGAAGAUAAAUGAAUGUAACAUUUUAAACUGAAGAUUAGUUUUGUAUAGGCAGAGGUACUUGAGAUUAUAUAUUUUGGGACCUAUCAGAAGGUUGUUUGAUGUACAUAUUUUAUCUAUAAAUACUGAGAUAUGUUAUAUAAGCAUAUUAAUAAAGUAUUUUUUUGUCCAGCA